AUGCCGACACCUCCGCAGUCCGCAUCGGCGCCAUCUCGCGAUGAGUCUCCUUCCAAAAGAGCGCGCGUAGAUGACCCUGUUGAUAACCCGGAUACCCGCCAAUUUGCGACUCAUCUACCAGAUGACGACAACCCGUUCGACAACGACAAGACGCCCAAUGCUUUGGCCCAAGCUAGAACUAUACCUCUCUAUAGUUUGCCUCCUCGACCCGAUCUUAGGCAAACUCCCAGCCAAUCAUCCACCAAUGCUUCCUCCUAUCAGUCUCCCUCGCGUACGUCAACAAACAGAUCCGGAAGUCCUGUCAAACGUUCCACCCUCGAGCUUCUCAAGAAGCCAGUACGCUAUGUCGCCAUCGACGACGAUCCCACUGAGCAGCUUCCUGAUGAUAUUGCCUCCCUCUUUGAUGACAUUACCAGUAUCACUCUGCACAAGGAGAAAUUUCUGCCCGGUUCGCUUCGUUCAGAGUUGAAGGCGCUGCAUCGCAAGGGAAUGAUCCGACCCGGGUGGUACUUGGACGUUGAUAAUGAUGAGGCAAAAAAGACUCAGCAUAAGUCUGAGCUCAUUGCUCUUUGUGAUCUUCAAGAAGCUGCCAAAACGUGUAGCAGUGAAGAGGCUGCCGAAGCAACGUGGAAUCUUGAAGUUCACGCUCCAUUGUUGAAAAUAGCCCUUGAGCCCUUUCCCUCACUACGACGGGAUCUUCUUACGGCAGCACGCAUCAGCAAACCAUUCCUUCCUGAGAUGAAGGCCGCAACUCCAUAUGAUUACACACGCGCCAAGAUGGUAGACUUGGGUGUUCGCAUAUGUCCAUCGUCACAUCUCACGGAAACCAUUCAGCAAGCUAUCAUUGGCUUACCAGAUAAAGAGCGCUGUGUCAACCAGACUGUCUAUGGGCCAGUCAGAAAGGAUCCCAUCGCCAUGGUCAUCGAAACCAAGAUUGCCGCGGGAGAUUUGCAAGAAGCAAGGCUACAGUUGGGAAUCUGGGUUGCAUCAUGGCAUCAGCGCAUGAAGAUGCUCAUUGGAACAUCCUCAACGAAACCCCUCGUGACGCUACCUUUGAUAAUUGUCAUGGAAUAUAAGUGGCGCUUGCUAUUUGCAUGCGAUAGGCAGGAUAGAAUUGAUAUACUUGAAGACGUGGCAAUAGGAAGUACAGAUAGCCUCAUUGGAUUAUACACCAUUAUAGCGACUCUGCGAGUAAUCGGUAAAUGGAUGCAGGACACCUAUCUAGCAUGGAUUGAGGAGACGUUUAGAAAUCUGAGUUUUUCGAGUUAA